CCGUAGUUGUUUACAAAAAUGGCCACGAGGAGUUUAGGGAAUAUUACCUUAAUCAACGCGAAAUCGUAUUGUAGCAGUGGUAAUUUUAGGAAUUCGUUUGCUCAUUAUGUAUUAUAUCUGAAAUUAAAUCCAGAUAAAGUGAGCGAGAUGUUAAACGAAUUUGUUUAUGUGAUGAAAGAAUUCUCAGAGCAGUUGGAAAGAGAAAGUAAAAUAGAGGAAUUAUUCCGAUGUUACAAAGUUGUAAAUGAAAUUAUAUCCGAUAGUGAAGUCAUUCUGAACAACAUCGGAGCUCAACUUUUUCGAAUUGGAUACACUGAUGAAGCUGCUAUGUACAUCCGAAAAUCCCUCGAAAUUAACCCCGAGUACACGGCAGCCAGGGAGAACUUGGAUAAUAUUUGUUGUCAUCUGGUUGAGCGAUGGCACUUUAGAAUGCUGAACGAUGUCAACAGAAACGCAGCGUUUUUAUCUGCUCUUCAGAAGGCAGCCAAACUUGGUUUCACCAGUGUGCUAGAUAUGGGUGCUGGGACUGGAAUUUUAAGUAUAUUUGCUAAAGAAGCCAAAUUUAGGGAUGUGUAUGCUUGUGAGAGAUCAAGUACCAUGUGCGAUUUAAUAGAGAGAGUUGUCGUUGCAAAUCAGUGCCAAGAUGAUAUCACCAUCAUUGCAAAAAAUUCAACAGAGUUGAUUUCAGGAACAGAUUUUCCUGAAAGAGUAGACUUGCUAGUGACGGAAACAUUUGAUGCUGCCUUGUUCGGUGAACAUGUGAUUCCCUCUUUAAUCCACGCCUGGGAAAACAUACUGCAUCCAGAAACUGGGAAAGUGAUCCCAGAGAGAGCCACUGUGUAUGUCUGUGCCAUUGAGAGCGAGAAAUUGAGACUUCAAAACAGAUUUGUAUAUCCAGGAAUUCAGAAUCUUAAUUUCAACCACAUCAAUAUUGUAUGUAAUACUUCCCAGUUCCUUGAGGAGCCUUAUUCCACAGAAAAUCUGCACAACUUGUCUGGUCAUCUGAAAUUCCUGUCUGAGCCCAUCCCCCUCACAACUGUCAAUUUUAAUGAUGUUCAGAUGCUGAAAAGACUUGAUAAAGGAGUUAAUUUUGAUUUGGAAAUUCCCAUCAAAUUGUCAGGCAGACUUGAUGCUCUGGCUGUGUGGUUUGAUCUCCAUUUGAAUCAGGACAUCACCCUUACGACCAACCCGUCCACCCCAAACUGCUGGGAACAAGCAAUAUUUCCAGUGAUACCCCCGAACUCACCCAGCUGUAAUGCAGAUGAAAAAGGAAGCAUUAUUCAGAAGCAGGGAGACAAAAUUCAAACUGUCUUUAGCCUCAAUCAGAAUAGUCUGCAUCUGCAGUCAUGGAUGAAAAUUGAAACCGGGAAACCGCGAAUCCCCCAGGAGAAUCACGGACACUGCAGCAAUGAGGAAGCAGAGAAGGUGUUUUACUUGGAUAGAGACGAAGUCUUUCUUUUGAAUAAUCUCCAUUGGAAUAAACUGCAGUGUAGAGUCUUAGAACAAAUUAAAGCUCACCAUCCAAAGAAAGACUUGUCUCUGCUGGAUUUUUCCACCUCAUUCUCUCCCAUCAGCCUUCAAAUGGGUUGUCAUGGUUACCCAAACGGAACAGUUAUCAUGAAGUCAGAAUUUCAUGAUUUGUAUCAAACUUUACAGCGUUCAAAUGAUCUAUCUCAGUUGAGCUUUGACUUGUUGGAUACGGAUACCGACACCUGGCAGGGUUUAGCCAGGAAACACGACGUCAUUCUCUGUAAUCCAGUGGAACUGUGUGGAGCAUUGAGACAACAGAUUUUUGAAGAUUUGGAGAUUCUGAAGCUGACUUGCUUAGAGACAACUGGAAAGAUUGUUCCAGGGAUUAUACGAGUCAAUGCCAUGUGCAUCGAGUCCGAGAGCCUGAUGUCUGACAGUGCAGUGCUGGGAGAUGACGUGACGUUAGGAUUUCGUAUUGCUGAAUUCAUUAAUAUGUACCAGUCUACUUUACAUGUGGAUGUCGACUUAACCAGUCUGGAUCAUGUACGACUCACAGAUCCAUUUCAACUUUUUACAAUUGACUUAAAUGAAAAGCUUGAUGACGGCCCGUCAUCAUUUCUGGACAUGAAACGUAGUGUAAAUGUGGUUGCUACGGAUACAGGCCAUGUGACUGCAGUCAUAUACUGGUUCGAGUUUGUUCUAUGCGAUGGGAUAACAAUCUCAACAUUAGAGUCUGUGUUACCAUGGAGACAAGCAGCUGUGAUGAUGAAGUCAUGUGAUAUUGACCUUGUGUGUGGACAACAGAUCAAAGUGACUGGCUCUCUGAAAAACAGUUGUUUAGGGAUUUCAGUCGAUUGUGACCUCAGUGAGGGAAGUUAGCAGACAACCACAAUAUUUAUAAAUAGAAUUGUCAGUGGUUCACUUAAUUUUUUCCGGGUAAGCUUUUUACAGCACAGGGUUCCUUCAUAAUGAAGUCAGCUGAAUGUGUUCAGUUUUUACUUUCCUUUAUAGGCAGCUAUAUAUUGUGUGCAAAAAUAUGGAAUCCUACUUUUUCUGUCUAGAUCAAGUUCAUGAAUGGAUUAUUAAAUUGCACUAUGUGUAUACAUUAUGAAAUAAAUUUGAUUGAUCAUAUUAUUGAACAUGUAU